UGUAACUAAUAAAUACAAACAAUAAUGUGCGGUAUGUUUUAAGAUAUUUGACAUAAUAUGUUUCGGGUUACAAUCUUCGAAGCAAGGACAAUCGUGUUUAAGAUUUUCGCAAUCAAUAACAUAGCUGAGGAAAUACCGUAGACGUGAAGGUAUAACUUUGAAUACGAGAAAAAUAUGCCAACGGAUAUUUACAACGUGAAAUUCCAGAACUGGGUUAAGGUGUACUUUCACUUAAAACUACAAGAAAAGCACUGAAAACUACAGUUGAAAGAAAAUGGACCAACUUUAUUUCAGAAUUGUCAGAGACAGAAAGGACUCAGAUGGAAACUUUUGUUCGUUGUUUAAACGAAAACAAGAUCUGUUACUUCAGAUCUUGGCGAAAGGAGAAAACGGUUACGUGGCAGUGUGACCAUAAAUUCUGCAGGGCACUGCUUGAGAAGUUUAUUGAAUUAGAAACGAAUACACGCAAGCUAAAAAUUGAAUAUGAUCGGAAAGAUGUAAAAGCGAAAUAUGAAAGUGAUCAAUGUCCUUGUGAGAAUACUCAUCAUGAUGCAGACAUGUUCGGCACGGGACAACGUUGCGAUCAAUCAGAGAAUUUGGUAAAUGCAAACCCACAAUAUGGGGAUUCGCAGGUUAAGGUUUGGUCGAUAGCAAAGUUAUACAUGUAUGGAGAGAAUGGUGAUGGUACAUAUAACAGUUUUGACGAACUUGACAUAUCUAAAAUAGUAAAAAUGAUGAGCAAUUGUAAGCUGUUCUCUUUUGAUGACUCAGUGCGUUAUUAUGAAAAGAUAAUGGAAUUCAGGAACGAGCUGAUGCAUUCAACAAACAAUCACAUUUCUGGUGAAAAGAUAGCGGACGACCUAAAAGAGACAAGAGGCCUAUUGAAUGAACUUUCAAAGGCAGAAAUCGUUGCUGAUGCUUCUUUCUGCAAAGAGGCUAUUCAAGAUUUACAAAAGCUUGAAGGUGGUACGUUUGCAGUUAAACAUCAAUCAAGCGAGUAUAGGGACAUGGUCAAGAAGAUGUUCAAUGUUAAAACGGCCGUCUAUGAAUUAGAUAAAUCGAUAGAAAAAAGCAGUGUUGAAAACAAAAGGCAAAGCGAACUGCUAUUAGAUUUACUGAAUAAAGUAAUAAGCGAUCUGGGCGGCACUGAUGUAGGACAGGAAGAAAAGAUUAUUGAGUCUGAACCGUCCAAGUUCAAAAGAAUCGUAAAAUCAGCAGUAGAAAUGAAAAAGAAUGCUAUAAAGUCAGAUAUAAGUGAAUGUGAAAACAUAGGCGAGAGUUAUAAGAAACCUGAACUUGAAAGUUUACAGAAAAAAACCGAUAGCCAGUUGGAAGACAUAGACCAAAUAUUAGCAGAGCCAGAGCCAAGCGAAGUGUUAGAGUUAGCUAGUAGUCUCAACAAGGAGGUCACGGCAAUCAGUAGCGAAUGUAAACUGCAUAGAUUGGAGGUAAUUCUUCACAUUUCUAUCUCUUCGAAAACAAAAAGAAUUUGUAUAAAAAAGGCAACUGUUUAUAUUUAA